AUGGCUGAUUCCAAUGGUGACGUGAACAACACCAAAGAAGCGACGACCGCCUCAAACAACGAUCAGACGGCUCAAGCUCUGACCAACGGCAACAACGGCCCUUUCCCCGACCACGACCAUAGCCAUGAUCACCAGCAUGACGACAACGCCGGAGCUCUGUUCCAGGUGUCUGUCAAGCUGCCCCACAAGCCUUAUACCAUGCAAAUCACUGUCACAAGUCAAGAGCAGGUUCAAGACGUGCGACAGUCCAUCGUCGAAACACCCGACACCUUCCAGUACACUUGCUUUCAUCUCGAGCACGCAGGCCUGCGGAUCAAUGACUUUGUGGAGUUGUCCGAGGUCAAGGAUCUCAAGCCUAAUGACGAAUUGGUCCUGAUUGAGGAUCCUUAUACUGAGAAAGAGGCGAGAUUACAUGUUGUUCGGAUGCGAGAGUUGAUUGGUGCCACUGGAGAUCGCUCCGACCAGUUGCACGGUAUAUCCGCAGGCUUGUCCUUGCACGACGAGAAGUUUGGCUCCGUUCUAGCACCAGCUCCUAAGUCUGAAGACAAUCCAUUGCUCGGGUAUGAGGUGGACGGACGACCAUCCCUGAACGCCAUACUGCCGGCUCGUCUGGACAGCCCACCGAAGACGAUCAAGAGUCUCUCCGUCUCACAAUGGAACCCACCUCCAUACCACCUACGACAGCGCGGUCAUUUGCUGUACCUCCAACUGACUACCAAUGAAGGCGAGCAGUUCCACCUGACCUCUACGAUUGCUGGAUUCUAUGUCAACAAGUCUUCCAGCAAUAAGUUCGAUCCUGCUCCCCGCCUAGCUCCGAAGAACCACGGCGCUCAUUCUCUGCUGACACUAAUAUCAAUCCUGUCGCCGUCCUUUAACGAAGCUUUCCUCGAGCUCCAGAAGCUAAAUGGCCAAAAAGAUCUCUUAACCACCUUUCCCUUCCAGAAUGCCAUUCCCGCUAAUCCCUGGUUGGUCCCCCUUUCAAGCUUCCAAGCGUGUCAGCAUCAAGCAGAUCCCACCCGAGCUCAAGAAGCUUAUCUUAUCGGUGGGGCGGAUGGCGCAGAGAACCUCCGCGACUGGAAUGAAGAGUUUCAAACAACGAGAGAACUACCGAGAGAGACGUUGCAGGACCGUGUCUUCCGCGAACGGCUGACAUCGAAGUUGUUUGCUGAUUACAACGAUGCAGCUGCCAGAGGUGCGGUCCUCGUCGCUCGUGGAGAGGUUGCUCCGUUAAACCCCACAGAGGGAAGGGACGCCCAGAUCUUCAUUUAUAACAACAUCUUCUACUCCUUCGGUGCGGAUGGAGUUCAAACCUUUGCGAGCGAAGGUGGAGACGAGGCUGCCAGAGUGGCUGUUGGAAAAGAUGUUGCUGGUGUCAAGGCCGUCAACCAACUUGACAUUAAUGGGCUGUUCACCCCGGGUACCGUCGUAGUAGACUACCUUGGCAAGCGUAUAGUCGGUCAGAGUAUCGUUCCUGGUAUUUUCAAGCAACGAGAGCCCGGUGAACAUCAGAUUGAUUAUGGUGGCGUGGAAGGCCGGGAUAUUGUGACUGAAAACGAAACAUUUGUUUCCGUCUUCGAAAGGCUGUCAAGGUCUCUUCGUGUUAAGAAACAUGCCGUGUGGGAUAAGGAGGGCAAACGCCAUGACCUGGAGGGCAGUGUUGAGACCAAAGGAUUGCUGGGCACGGACGGUCGCAAGUAUGUCCUGGAUCUCUAUCGCAUCACUCCACUCGAUGUGGCCUGGUCGGAGGAGAUUGAGGAAGGGUCGGACGAGGAGAAGUACCCACAUCGAAUGUCUGUAUUGAGGCUGGAGUUGGUGGAGGCCUACUGGCGCACGAAAAUGCAGGAAUAUGUCCGUGCGGAAGUUGAAAAACGCCGCGCGAAAACGACGAAUGGCAAUGAUGAUAAGCUUGCUCAGGGCAAUGAGAUCGCAACCAACGGCCACGCUGAAGAAGGGAACGAAGGAGCGGCUAACGUCGAAGGCGAAGACCAAACCUCCAAGCUAGCCCCCGCCCUUGAUCAGGAGCGUGUGGAUAUCUCAAAUUUCAACCUGGCCCUCAACCCUGAUGUCUGCAGUGGUCAAGUACCGCAGACGGAUGAAGAGAAGGAGGAAUAUGCCGCCGACGAGAAAGAGGUCCGAGCUGUGUCUGACUUUCUCAGGAACAAGGUCAUUCCUGAUCUGCUCACUGAUCUGCACGACGGUGAUGUGGGCUAUCCGAUGGACGGGCAAUCUCUCUGCCAAUUGAUCCACAAGCGUGGCAUCAAUAUCAGAUACCUUGGACGUCUUGCAAAGGCCGCUGCCGAGAAAGGUGAUCGACUUCAUGCGUUCUCCGUUGUGGUCCUCCAGGAAAUGGUUGCGAGAGCCAUCAAACAUAUCCUCAAUGGCUACCUCCGCCAUCUCCCCGCCAUCUUCGCAAGCUCGGCCAUCUCCCACUUACUGAACUCUGUCCUGGGUGCAGAUCUAAACUCCAACCCACGACCCGAACUUGAUGAAGAUCUGCGUGCGUUUUAUCCCAAUGGCGAUUUCUCUUUUGAAAAGGUAAACCCUACUAAUAUCAAGGCGGCGAUCGAGAAGCAAGUUCAGUUGCGUUAUCGAUACACUCUCCCAAGUGGCUGGAAAUCGCUUAUUCAACCCCUCCCACUGCUGCGUGAGAUCUGCUUGAAACUUGGCCUCCAACUCGCAGCAAGAGACUACUCAUUCAGUAGAGGGGAUUAUAUUGCUCUCGAUGUUUCUCCAGCACGGAGUGGUAGCGACACUCAUUCCAACAAUGGUGCACAGUCCGACGAAGGAAGCAAGAAAAAGAAAAAGAAGGGCGGUGACCAAACACAAGCUGCUACCGUCGUAAAAUCCAACGUUACAUUUACACCAGAGGAUAUAUUGAACAUUGCGCCAAUUGUCAAAGAUGCAGCCCCAAGAAGUGCACUGGCAGAGGAGGCAUUAGAAGCCGGAAAGAUUUCAUUGGCUCAAGGACAAAAGCAACUGGGCCAAGAGUUGGUUCUCGAAUCUUUAUCACUACAUGAGCAGAUCUACGGUAUUCUGCAUCCAGAGGUGGCAAAGAUGUACCACUCCCUAUCAACGAUAUAUUACCAGACAGACGAAAAGGAGGCGGCUGUUGAAUUGGCUCGCAAAGCUGUCAUUGUGACCGAGCGAACUUUGGGAGUCGAUUCACAUGACGCUAUCUUGGCGUACCUCAACCUGUCAUUGUUUGAACACCAUGUUGGGAAUACUCGACAGGCAUUGAAAUAUGUUAGACAUGCUCUUGAUGUUUGGAAGAUCAUAUUUGGACCCAACCACCCCGACUCCAUCACAACGAUGAACAAUGCUGCAGUCAUGCUUCAGUCAUUGAAGGAGUACUCUGAGUCACGAAAGUGGUUUGAAGCCUGUUACACAAUCUGCGAAGGCUUGUUUGGUCGUCAAUCUAUCAAUGCAGCAACAAUCCUUUUCCAACUGGCACAGGCGCUGGCUCUGGAUGGUGACGCGAAGGGGGCCGUGACUAAAAUGCGCGAUGCUUAUAAUAUCUUUUUGGCGGAGCUGGGCCCGGCAGACCGCAAUACUAAAGAGGCAGAGAGCUGGCUUGAACAAUUGACUCAAAAUGCUGUUUCAAUUGCCAAACAAGCCAAGCUGUUGCAAAGCCGACGUAUUGGUGGCAUUCGACAACUUCCCCGGAUGGGCUUGGGGACAAGACUCCAACCACAGAGUGCCAGCGCUGUCGCCCCCAAUGCGUCUGCCAGGACCGCGGCGACUGAACCCAACGUACGGACGGGCACUGGCAAUGCCGCCUUGGAUCAUAGGAGCAUUGAUGAAUUAUUGAAGUUUAUCGAAGGCGCGGAGACGGGCAGUAGCCCACGAACGAAGAAGAAGAAGUCACUCAAUCCGAAGGCUAGAGGGUCAAGGAAGGCCACAGCCGCAUAA